UCGAAUCGAGCAGCUGUUCUCUGGAGAACCGGCUGAUUAUUUCCAACCAAACACACAGAACAAAAUAGAAAUAAUGAUUGCGCAAAGUGUAAUCAGCAAACUGAGGCCUUGUGCCCGCCGUUUGGCCAGCUCGAGCUCCAAAGCGGCAGCUCCCAAGUUCAACUGGCAGGAUCCGCUGAAUUUGGAGAGCCAGCUGACCGAGGAGGAGGUGGCCAUUCGGGAUGCGUUCCGGGGAUACUGCCAGGCGGAAUUGCUGCCGCGCGUCAAGUUGGCCAACCGUCUGGAGACGUUCGACAAGAAGAUCAUGGAGGAGAUCGGCAGCCUGGGAGUCCUGGGCUGCACCAUCAAGGGAUAUGGUUGUGCCGGGGUCUCCAGUGUCGCCUACGGAUUGCUCACCCGCGAGGUGGAGCGCGUGGACUCCGCCUAUCGAUCCGCCGUAAGUGUUCAGAGCUCGCUGGCCAUGGGCGCAAUCUACGAUUUCGGCUCCGAGGAGCAGAAGCAACGCUAUCUGCCCAGCAUGGCGGAGGGCAAGCUGAUUGGUGCCUUUGGCCUGACUGAACCCAACCACGGCAGUGAUCCGGCUGGCAUGGAGACCCGAGCCAAAUACGACAGCAAGAGCAAGACAUACAUUCUAAACGGAUCCAAGACCUGGAUUACUAGUGCUCCCAUUGCCGACGUCAUAAUUGUGUGGGCCAAAUGCGAAGAUGGCAAGGUUCGAGGCUUCCUGGUGGAUCGCAAGAUAUCCGGCCAAGGCUUGGACACGCCCAAAAUCGAGGGAAAGUUCUCGCUACGCGCUUCGCCCACAGGUAUGAUCUUGCUGGACGAUGUCCGAGUGCCGGAGGAGCAGUUGCUGCCCAAUGUGGUGGGCUUCACUGGACCUUUUACCUGCCUGAACAAUGCCCGCUAUGGAAUCGCCUGGGGCGCCCUGGGAGCUGCCGAAACGUGUGUGGAGAUUGCUCGUCAGUAUACACUGGAUCGCAAACAAUUCGGUCGCCCCUUGGCUGCCAAUCAGUUGAUCCAGAAGAAGCUGGCCGAUGCCACCACGGAGAUUGCUCUGGGCCUGCAGGCCUGUCUGCAUUUGGGUCGCCUCAAGGAUCAGAAGCUGCACACGCCCGAGAUGAUUUCCCUCCUGAAGCGGAACAACACAGGCAAGUCCCUGGAUAUUGCGCGCCAAAUGAGGGAUAUGUUGGGCGGAAAUGGCAUCAGCGAUGAAUAUCAUGUGAUCAGGCAUGUUAUGAACUUGGAGUCGGUUAAUACCUAUGAGGGUACGCACGACAUACACGCGCUGAUCCUGGGACGAGCCAUCACAGGAAUCCCCGCAUUCGCUAACUAAUUCGCCUUUAUGGAGGCUACUAAAGUACUGCAUUUACUAAAUUGUUUUAUGUUCGACUGUCGAUGUGAAUAAAUGUUAAUCAAAUCGAA